AUGGCACCGGCCGACUCCUCCGCACCACAUUCAUCCUCCAGUACCACCACUACAGCAACCCAUCCCGUCCGCGAUCGCAAAGCCGACUACGAGAAAUUCAAAAACUUCGCCGCUUAUACCUUCCUAUUUGCAUCACCCGUUUUCAUCGCUCUGCCGCCGCGUAAACUAGACUUUUACACCUUCAGCCUUGGCGCUGCUUUCCUCGUGUCUGCAAAUCGCAUCUCCUCCAUACACACAGGGAGCAGUAUAGUGGGACACCUCCGGUCGCGCACAGUUGGCGAGAACCGGCCGACUGUGUUCCGCGACCUGCCUACGCCUCAGGCGGAGGCGAUACAGGCACAGCUGCGCGCGGUGCGGGAGGCUGAGAUGCGGGAAGGGAAGAUUGUAGGUCAGGAGCUGGAGAGGUGGAAGCAGAGACAAGGGGAAGAGAAGGAGAUGAAUAUUGUGCAAAAGGUGUGGAUGGGUGGGGAGAGGGAAGGGUGGAAGGAACGGAGGCGCAGGGAAGAGCAGAAGGCGCUAGAGGAAGGGAAGGGUAUGUGUACAAGCAUGUACUAUUCCGCUUUCUCAGUUGCUGGAUCUGGUUAUCAUGGUACUUCAUGCUCACAGAGCAUCCGUGGCUCUUCUGCUAUCCCCCUAAGCAGCGGAGUACUAUAUCCACUCUUCGAACUGCUCCCAAUUCCGUGA